UAUUUUCUAGUGUUCGAACGCAGCGCCGUUCGAACUUGCGCGACUCCAUAUCAAUAGAAAACCGGCUCACAGAAACAUGGCGCUACCCACGAUCAGUUCAGGCGUUUUCGGCGCGCUGAAAAAACUGUCGGUUUUUACUCGAGUUUGUUCUUCAGACGCACGGAAAGUCACUAGAAAUACUUUGCAAUACUCUACGAUAUAUCGGACAUUGCGUAGUGAUUCAGUUCUCAACGUGCCGAUUCAGUGUAGCUCGCGCAGCAUACCCCGGCUUACACAGCAGCCACUACAAGCAGCGCUCAGAAGCUUUAAGAGCAAUCAAGAAAAUGCUGAUUCGAAAUCCACUUCUGGUGAGCAUCAGCGAAGCUCGGAAGAUGCUGAGGAGAACGCCCGCAAAAAGAAACACAUGAAGUGGACUUUCUGGAGUUUUGGAAUCGUAGGAACUGGCUGUUCGAUAGCACUCAUCUGUGAGUAUGGUGCUCCAAAGCGGGAUGAGGAAGGUAACUUUAUAGUGGAUGAGUUAAUGAAAUAUUCCGUUGUACCACAGUACCUCUUUCGUUUCUACCGAGAAGCGUUGUCAUUCAAGAAAGCUAUCGAAGAACCGUCACGUAAAACCCUUCUUCCUGACCCAUUGCCGGCGCCCUACCGACAGCCUCCCUACACUUUGUGUCUAGAAAUCACUGGUGUUCUUGUAAAUCCGGAAUGGUCAUACAGUACAGGAUGGAGGUUCAAAAAACGUCCCGGCGUCAAUUUUCUCCUGCAGCAACUUAGUAUGCAGUCUCUGUUCGAAAUUGUUAUUUACACGAAGGAAAACGGAUUCACUGCUUUCCCAAUUAUCGACAGUUUAGACCCUCAAGGAUAUAUUAUGUAUCGUCUUUUCAAGGACGCAACUCGUUACCAAGAUGGACAGCAUAUAAAGGAUCUAGGCGCCCUUAAUCGGCCAAUAAACAAGGUUAUUCAUGUUGACUGCGACGAGAAGGCUGUUCAGACGCAUCGGUCCAACGCCGUUUGUUUGAAAAAAUGGUUAGGCAACAUGGAUGAUCGAACUCUUAUCGAUCUCGCCAUUUUCCUUCGUACGAUCGCUGAAUCAGGUGUUGAGGACGUUCGUGGAGUUCUUGAGUACUACUCACAAUUUGAGGACCCUCUUAGGGUGUUUCGGGAAAAUCAGCGUAAACUCGCAGAGCAACAAGAACUGCAAACGAAGGAAAACCUUAAAUCGCCCGUGAUGCCGGCAUGGAAUGCGUUUCGACGCCGGUAAAAUUUUGGUAAUUAUCGCGCGCUUGUGUAUUUUAUUUUAUGGAUGAUACUGACUUUACUUUGGUAAUUCUUAUUGCUACUAAAAGUUAAAAGGGGAACCAAGACGACGUAAUGGACCAGAGCGAAGCGUAUAUAAUUGUCGGAUGAGAAUCUUCUAUUCCUUAACAUUUUGGGCUAGCGUAUAAGGUAGUUUAUUCAGGGUUGUAUCCUAGGUAGCUGAGAUCAUCUAUAUUUAUGUACUUCUAGGUCCGUUCGGAACUCGAUUUCAAAAAUUACAGAUAACAUAUUUACCCAAAUGGAUUUUCAUCGUACAGAAUUGAGUUUAACGGACGAUGUCGCGCUAGAUUUACAUGAUGGAUGAUACCCUUUUCUUAACGUGUGCAAACAUUGAAUGUAAUUAUAAUAAUUCUACUAUAGUAGCAGUAAGACACGAAUGAAAAAGGAUUCAAAAACGGUAGCAAAAAACAUCGUUAAUCAAUAGGAAAUACGUUCUUAUGCAGAAAAUAGGAGAAGUGGUAACGGAAGACAAUACAGAAUGUCGGUACGCGAAAGAUACGAGUAUGUGUCCGUACUUUUGAGGAAGCACGAAAACACACCGAGUUAUUAUAUAGGGCUUGUAAGAAAUAAAUUGAUGAUAUGAAUGAUUUUUUUAAUGUGAGACGGCCAUCAAAAGACGGAACUGAAAGAACGAUGACGGCCAUUUCAACGCAAACAUCUUCUAUUCUGUGGAUAUCUAGGAUAAGCUAGUGACGGACGUCCAGAUUUAGGCGUUUUCAGUAAAGAAAUAGAACACACAAAUCGAUAUACGAUCCCGCAUACGAUCGUGUACAAAUGAAUACUGAAAACAAGAUGUUGCUGUGUAAUAAUAUCUGCUGAAAAUCUAAAACAAUGCAAGGCGGAAAUAAUUACGGAAAAAUCGAGAUUAACUACGAUGGUGUUAAGUUUAUAACAGUAAAUAUAGAAUUAUAUUGUAAAACUAAUACAUGAUCGAGUGUAUUUUCCUUGCUUGCUUAUUAAGUCGACAAUGUAUAGGCAUAAGAUAGAGGUACUGCAGCACUUAAUGGUCCCCUAUAAAGUACAUUAACCCUUUCGAUGAUUUC